UCUUAUUCAAUAGCAAUUAUUCAAGCUACUGCAACAGCAAGGCGACCUGCAAGCGCCUUAGAUUUCCUAAAGCGUUGUUACUUUUUAAUUUUACAGUCCUUCGAUCAUUUUUGCAUAGUUGAGCGAAUGCAAUGCAUUCCUUUAGGCUUUAACAGAAAUGGCACUUUUUUUUGGCGCUGCUUAGAGCGCCAAUAGCUGUUACACUCGCUGAAGUCAGGCGGGGCCACAGCAGUACAGUACAUGUUAUCAUUACCUCUGCAGUUGAUUCUGUUGAGUUCAAACGCCUUAACAGAGGAAAGGUAUCGCUAGAAACAUUUUAACAGUUAUACAGGCUUAGAAAAAAACACUUGAAGAUCAGAAGAACGUCAUAAUCAGAUUGGGUUUUUGGAUAUGGCAGGCUCAUCUAAAAUGGAGGAUCCACGUGUGCUUUAACGAAUCAUCACUCCUUCAAUGCUUAGUGAAAUGUCAUCUCCCUGCAGCUCUGCAGACUUGGCUUUUCUUGUGCAGUUUGUAAAAACCUCAGAGGUCUUGGAAAUUCCCUUCUCUGCUCUCUUGAUCACAAUGUGGAAUGUGCAUGGGAGAUGCUGAAGGAAGCAAGGAUCAAGCUCCAUUUAGUUGAGGACGGUCUGGGUUUACAGGACAGGGUGACAGAGGAGCCCAGAGCAGUGACGGGAGCAAGAGAACUAGAGAGACAGAAAGAAAGUUCCCCAGAGAUGGAUGGAUAUCUUGGCGCAGAAAGGAGUAGCCUGGAUAUUGCUACAAAUCCAGAAACAGCAGACUGGUCUUUUCUCAGCGGUGAGAUCUUACACAAGAACCAGGCGCAGAAAUCCAGGGAGAGCCAGGGCAGCCAGGGCCCAAGUCUGGGACAGGAAUCAUGGAAUCCGAGGAAUAGCGCCUUGUCCCUCUCCUCGCUCACACAAGACCGCCGCAGACAGCUCCUGAAGGCAGGGUCACCCAGAGGUCGCACUCUUGACCGCCUCCAGCAGCGAAUCUGCCAACAGAAGCUGAAGCACCGGAAUGGGGAGGGAGAUGAAGGCCCAAUUCAUACACCUGUGGUCACCCAGAGAGGCCCUCUUGUUAGGAAAGUCCGGAAGGUCGCUUUUGCGCCUCGUCUGCCAGCCUAUAGAGGAUUAAGUACAGGGAGGGAGAAAACGGACAGAUUGGAGAAACCUCUAUUUAGUGAUAAGUUGUCUACACUGAAAUAUGGACCUCGCAGAUUGACAGGGGGUCAGGAGACAGCAGACAAAACUGUGGGACCUGUGCCUCUAAAAAAGAAUGCUAUCACAAAUCCUUCCUGUUUGAGGAUCAGCAAUGCAAAGCCAGCAAGCCGCGCUCCGGGGGUGUCGGCCUGGAAGGACGCCCAGCGUCUGGUGAUGCAGAUCCUCGGACCCCCUCGACAGCACCCUGAAACACAGCGAGAAAACAGCGCCCCUCCCUGGACAAGAGACGCACAGUUCCCAUGUGGAAAAACGCAAGGGGUGAAGUUUCCAGGAGAACAAAAACGUAGCCCAUUUGAUGUCAUUUCCAAUGGAAAACUUUCGUCUCCCCCAAAUAGUCAAACGUUCGGUAGAGAAGGCCACACCCCUUCAGAAAAUCUCAACUCAAAGACCCUCUUGGAAAAGUGCCCCUCCCCUUCCGGCAGGACCUCUUCUAUCUCCAAGGAGAGACCAGCACCUCUAAAGAGUGUUCCCAAAUCAUCAAGCGCCUCCUCUUUACACACACGUCAUGGCAUCUCCAACAGCUCCUCCUCUCCCCAAGGAAGCACUUUUUCUGCUGGUCCCACCUCCCUCAGUAAUGACCCCCUCACCCCACUGACAACCCUGAGGAGCCCUGACUCUGCGUCACCCACCUCUGCCCUUUGUAGGAACCUAUCUGGUGGAAAGGAAAAUGUGGGCGUACGGCGCCCCGCGGUAUCCGGGAGCCGCAGGGCAGAGGAAGUGCAGGCCUUCAUGGGGCAGCAGGAGAGAGCGCGGAGGAGGAAGGCACAGCAGGAGAAACAGGAAGCUCUGAGAGAAAAGGAGAGGAGGAAGAAUAUGAUGCAGGAGGUACUGAGGAAGCAGCAGGAAGCCUUGCACAAGGCUCAAAGAAGCCACCACGAUCGUGGAGUAAAGGAGAGAAACAGGCCCACAAGCUCCUGCAAGAAAGAAGAGCCUGCUUCUUUGGGUCCAGGUGAGAGAGAGCAGAACAUGAAGAAAUCCGGAGAGCCACAGCAGAAAAGAAGACCUGCAGUGAAAAAGCUGAAGAUAAGGGGUCAGCCUAUGGAGGGAGGCAGCCCCCUGAAACUGGUAGACCUGGCCUCCUCCCCGAGGAAGGCACAGGCCAGGCGAGUGGAGGCCCUCAGACAGGCGGCGGCAGCCCUGGGCAGCCGGGUGGAGAUGCAGGCUGCGCUCCUCGGCGCAGGGAGCGGCCUGACAGGACGCCCAGUGGCAGAGCCCACUGGGCCCCUGAACAACAGGAGUCUCGCCUUGGCACUGGGAGGGACGUCGGCACAACCAAGAGACCGGGAUUCCACCUCCAUCAGCGAGGACCUGCCCUGGAGCGAAGAGGCCCCAGAGUGUAUAGCGGCACAGCCAGGUUUCCUUCAACAGACUGCUACUGUCAGAGGGGCAGAAAGUCGAGGGGAGAAAUCCACCGAAAAUGCAGGACCAGCAACACUCAGCAUCUGGAAGCCAUCAAGGACCCGAAAAGGAAGUCGCAGAUGGGAAGAGGUUAUUGACAAAAACCAAGCAGGAGCUCAUGCCAGGAGGGAAAAGGAUCAGAAGACCUCAGGUCCCCUGGGCAACAGUGCCAAGACCUCACAGGAAUGGGGGCAGGAUGGUGCACGUUCUUCUCAAGUGAUGGGUAACACCAGCCCUGAGUCCAGCAGCAGUGAGGCCCACACUGACUCCACUAGUAAGUGGAGUGAGGUGAGCCAGUUCUUUGGCUGUGGGGACAUGCUGAAUCGCCUGUCUCUGGAGCUAUCCCAGCAGUCCCUGCGCGAUGCGGAGCUCCGGGACCGUCAACAUGUUGCCCUCUUCAGGUUACGGGAGGAGGCGCUGAAAGAGAAGACACAAGCCGAGCUGGCCUGGCUGGAGCAUCAGAAAAUGUGA